AUGAGCCAACCCGACCUUCCCAUCGUGGCCACGCGUUACGGACCAGUACGGGGCGUAAGGAAAACAGCCGCGACCGGUGUCGAGUACCUUAACUUUCAAAAGAUACCCUACUGUAAGCCACCGGUUGGUGAGCGUCGAUUCAAGGAUCUGGAGGUGCCGGAACCGUGGACCGAACCGCUGGACUGUACGCAGCAAGGUCCGAGUGGAUAUCAGUUCAACAAGCUGUUGAACAAGAUCGUUGGCAGUGAGGAUCAUCUGUACAUAAAUGUGUACACGAAGGAGCUGAAACCGGAGAAAUUACGUCCGGUUAUGUUAUGGAUACAUGGUGGAGCAUUUAUGCGCGGUUCUAGCGGAACGGAAAUGUACGGUCCGGACUAUCUCAUUAGAAAGGACAUCGUGCUGGUUACUUUCAACUAUCGCAUUGGAGCAUUCGGCUUUUUGUCUCUCGAUUCGAAAGAAUUGGCGAUACCUGGCAACGGUGGUUUGAAGGAUCAAAAUUUAGCACUCCGUUGGGUGCGUGAUAAUAUCGCCCAAUUCGGUGGCGAUCCGGAUAAUAUUACACUGUUCGGGGAGAGUGCGGGUGGUUGCUCGGUACACUACCACAUGGUGUCGGAACAAUCGAGAGGAUUGUUUCGCCGGGCGAUCGUGAUGUCGGGAUGUACGCUGAACAAUUGGUCUACAGCGCCCAGGCGUGGUAUAGCCGAACGAUUGGCCAGAGCGCUCGGGUGGAAUGGCAAGGGUGGCGAAGCGGAAGCUUUCAAAGUACUGAUGGAAGCAUCCGCGGAGGAUAUCGUUAAGAAGCAGGAUCUGCUCCUAACUCCAAACGAGCUGGAAAACCGUUUGCUGUUUGCCUUCGGUCCAGUAGUAGAACCAUAUCUAACGAAAAACACCUUCAUACCGAAGAAACCGCUGGAAAUGUGUCGCGAGGCCUGGAGUAACGAUAUCGAUAUACUGAUCGGUGGUAACGCCGAGGAGGGACUGUUUUGUUUGAGCUCUAUCAAAGAAAAUCCCGCCAUAAUGGAAAAUCUUAAAAAUUUCGAGUACUUGGUACCGACCGAGCUAGAGCUGGUACGAGCUUCGCAAUUGUGUCGUGAAUACGGUUUAAGGCUGAAAAAGUUCUACUAUGGUGAGACGAAACCAUCGUUUGAUAAUCGGGAUGGCUAUUUAACGCUAAUGACCGACAAGCUUUUUUGGCAUGGUAUUCAUCGCACUAUCUACUCCAGGACUAGGUCGCCGAAGGUGGCAAACACGUUUGUUUAUCGAUUUGCGGUAGAUUCCGAAACGUACAAUCACUACCGUAUUUACUUCUGCGAUCGGAAUGUGCGCGGAACGGCUCAUGCCGAUGAUCUUUCGUAUCUGUUUAAAAAUUUGUUCAGCCCCGUGCCGGAAACCGAUACAAUGGAGUAUAGGACGAUGCAAAGUAUGGUCGAGUUGUUUACUAACUUUGCCAUACUGGGUACUCCAAAUGGUGGAACUGUUGGAGAUAUUUGGGAACCGGUCGGGGCAACGGUGGAUGCAUACAAAUGUUUGAACAUUAAUAACGUUGGAUUGAGCUUUGUUGACUUUCCUGAAAUGAAACGCAUGAAGCUGUGGGACUCAAUUUACAACAAGAAUCAGCUGUAUUAA